UGAGCAAUUAUCUCGCCCCCAACGACACCGUUUCGACUCAGAACGACGAACACCCACCCACUUCUUGUGUUCGUCAAUUUGUCACCCCGCCUACACGAACGCGAUCUUCUUCUUCUCGGGUCGCCCCCAGAUCUAUCUCUUCACUCGAACCAGCAGUAUUUUUUGUUUGCAGAAAAUAUACACUUCUCAGUUCUGACAUUUCUUCAAUUUCAGAUCCCUAAUUCUUCUGUCUCAUUUCUAGCAAGAAAGCUCCUGAAACUCCUAAUUGGAACCCUGGAUCACCCCUAACAAUCCCGUAAGAUCGGACCUCAAGAUGUCGUGCCUAGCCCUCUCUCUCCAACCGGCUAAUGGCUCCGACAUCCUCCUACAAACCCGGGAGUGGUUUCCUCCACCACGAGCCCUCGUCGCCCUCUCCGCCUUCCGCCAAACCCGCCUUGCCUUCGCCGCCACUAAACAUCACCACCACCAGCAACAAAAGCAACAAUCAUCCGCCGCCGCUUCGGAUUUUGAUUCCGACGCUGCAACGGUGAUCGAUUCAAUCGGAGAUGACCCGCUGGCGGCUUCCAGCGGGCAGGUAAUUGUGGGCGUGGAGAGUAAAUAUCGUGUGGUGUACCGACUCGUCAACUCGAUCUACGUUCUCGGGAUCACUACCGCCGACCAGGAUAACUCCGUCAACGUCUUCGAGUGCAUCCACAUCGUUAACCAGGCUGUGAGCGUGAUUAUCACAGCCUGCCGAGGCGUCGACGUCACGCCCGAGAAGCUCAGCCGCAAGUACGCCGAGGUCUAUAUGGCGCUAGACAUCGUCCUUCGUGGGGUCAGCAACAUCCGCCUGGCUGCCAUGCUCGCUUCGAUGCACGGUGAGGGAAUCGCGAAGAUGGUACAUUCUGCGCUUGAUACCGAGAACAAGAUUCGGGGCGCUGACAGCUGGGCCUCCCUGGAGGUGCACUCGGCCGAACACCUGGCGAGCGUUGAGGCAUUCUCCAGCGCGCGAUUCGAGAUGCCGCCGGAGACUAUCGCAGCCGGGGAUGAGGUUGCCAUGAGCUUGGCACCGGUCCUCCAGGCGGAGCAGCCGGAUCAGCUGAAGUCGGAGGAGACAGAGGCGGAGAAUAAGGAUCCGUUUGCUGCGAGUGAUGCAGUCAGCAAGGAAGAGGAACUGGUGGGUGGGUUCAAGAAGAACAGGGAUCCGUCGGCCACAGACUUGACAGUGGCGCUGGCAGGACUAGAGGUGACGACAUUGCCGCCGGCGGAGGCAACUCAAUCCACCCAUAUCAGCGUGGAAGGAUUCGAAGGAGAAUAUGGUGGGAUUGAAUUCAAUAGUGACCAAGCGUCUCUAGGAGAAACUUUUGAGGCAUUUAGUGAUGCCUGGGGUGGCGGAUUGGAUCCGUCAGAGUUUAUGGGACCGAAGAAGAUACCAAAGAAGGAGGGGCUUGGUGGGCUUGAGCUGUUGCAAACUGGAGACAGUGGUGCUGCUGUGGAGGCUAAGGCUGCGGACGGAGCAGGGGGAGGUACCCUUGAGAAUCUUUUGGUGAAGAAAACUGAAAUGAAGGGUCCUGAGAUGUAUAUUUCCGAGGAGAUUAGCGCAGAGUUCAGGGAAUCGUUGCUUGCUAGAGUUGGGUUAAUGGGUGUGGUUUAUCUUAGAACCUUGCCCCCAGCAUCUUCUGGCGAUAAGGAAACUGAGUUUUCAUUUCGAGUUGAGGGUACUAGUGGCGUGAAGAGAUUCGUAAUGCAGGAUUCUCGUGUUAGUAGCCUAGGAAAUGGGAUGUUUCAUGUCAGGACAGCUCCGUCUGAAGAGCCUUUACCGAUUUUGAAGUAUAGUUUACUGCCUAGAUUGACGCCAUUGCCUUUGAGAGUUCGUUUAGUAAAACGUCAUAGUGGGACUUUACUUUCUGUGAUGAUACAGUAUGUUUCAAAUCCAGACUUGCCGGCACCUUUAAAUGAUGUUACAUUCGUUUUGAAAUUGCCAGUUGAUCCUACAUUAUUGAAAGUUUCUCCAAAAGCUGUAUUAAAUAGAUCUGACAGAGAAUUGAAAUGGCAUGUCCCUGAGAUUCCACUUAAGGGUACUCCUGGAAAGCUGCGGGCAAGGAUGCCUGUGGAUUCUAAUGAAAAUGAUGGUGGAGAAGAGAUGGAGUUUGUUGGUUAUGUCAGAUUUUCUAUACAGGGGGCCACAACGUUGUCUGGUUUAUGUCUACGGCCCUGCUUCUGAGGGUAAGACAGACUUUUACGAGGUGAAUCACAGGUAUGAGAGUGGCGUUUAUAUGUGCAAUUGAUUUGUGAUUAUAUGGAUAAUGAUUUACAGAUGUGAGAUUUUUUUUCAAGGGAGCAUGUGGUUUGGUUGCUCUUGUAACAUUCUUUGAUUUCCAGAUUGUAACUUUAGGUCACGAAUAUUUUGAAAGCUUUGAGUCAUCAAUAUUACUAGCAACUGCUUUUCCUUGAUAUGUAGUAAAUUUUUUUCAUUGUUC